AUGACGAUCGGACUUUGUGCGAACAUCGCACACAAUAUUGCGAACAGCGGUUCAAACGAUUCUAUGGCCUGGUCUUGGGGAUUUGGCACAAUGGCUGGUAUCUACAUAGCAGGUGGAGUCUCAGGCGGUCACCUCAAUCCGGCAAUCACUAUCAUGCUCUACGUCUUCCGUGGCUUUCCGAAAAAGAAGAUCCUGAUAUACGUCGUCGCCCAGUUGAUCGGGGCUUACAUCGGCUCGCUCGUUGCAUAUGGCAUCUAUCGCAACUGUAUCCUCAACUAUCUGGAAACCAAUCCGGAGCAAAUGACAGAUGUCUACAACUCUUUUGUCACCGACCGUAUGGAUGGUGUUGCAGAUGCUGCUUCAGGCUUCCUUACUGAGUUUGUCGCUACAGCCUUCAUCGGUGUCAUUGUAUUGGCUUUGGGUGAUGACAGCAACGCACCCCCUGGCGCAGGAAUGAACGCUUUCAUUCUUGGAUUGAUAAUUUCCAUCGAGACUAUGGCCUUUUCUGCCAGUACUGGUGCCGCUCUUAAUCCUGCUCGCGACUUGGGACCUCGCUUAGCCCUGAUCACACUUGGCUUCAGUAGACACGACAUGUUUAGUGACGGCUGGUGGAUCUAUGGUGCUUGGUGUGCAACGAUCACCGGUGCCAUUGUCGGAGCAAUUCUCUACGAUAUCGCGAUCUUUGUGGGAGGUGAAAGUCCAAUUAACUAUCCUAGAAAUAGUGUCAAGAGAGUUGGACACAAGGCCAAAGUGAGGUGGAGGCAUAGGUUCAGACGCAGAGAAAGAUAG